AUGGCUGUAUGCGAGGUUGAUGCAGCCCCAAAGGAAGAUUUAAUCACUUCUUUACCUGGAUUACCUCAUAAGCCAACUUUUAAGCAGUAUUCUGGUUAUUUAGAUGGUGGCAAUGGCAAUCAAUUGCAUUACUGGUUUACAGAGUCGAAAGGAAAACCUUUCCGUGAUCCUCUUGUCUUGUGGUUAAAUGGUGGCCCUGGUUGUAGUUCAUUGGUUGGCUUACUGACUGAGAAUGGACCUUUUAAUCCUGGCCCAGGAGGGAAAAAUUUAGCUUAUCGUAAUACCUCUUGGAAUGAUUUCGCCAAUGUCAUUUUUCUAGAGUCUCCCGCUGGUGUUGGCUACUCUUAUAAUAACAAGAAAAAUUAUACCUGGGAUGAUGAUCAAGUGGCCGAUAGCAAUUAUGCUGCCUUGAAAUCAUUUUUCAAGAAAUUUCCUGAAUUUUCCAGAAAUGAAUUUUAUAUCACCGGCGAAAGUUAUGGAGGAAUUUAUAUUCCAACGUUAGUUGUACGUGUUAUGAAUGAUUCUAAAAUCAAUUUGAAAGCAUUUGCUGUAGGCAAUGGCCUGAGUGAUAGGCGUUUAAAUGAUAAUUCCAUGAUUUAUUUUGCGUAUUAUCAUGGUAUCUUUGGCCAGCGUAUAUGGUCACAAUUACAAAAAUAUUGCUGUUCUCGUGGCUCUUGUAACUUUCAUAAUCCAACCGAUAAACAUUGUCAGAAAGUAUUGGUUGCUGCUCGACAAGUCAUGAAUGAUGAUCUAAAUAAUUAUGAUAUUUACACCGAUUGCGAUGAUAUUGCUUAUAUGAAUAGGAACGAUGUCAGGAAGGCAUUACAUAUACCCGAUCAUUUGCCGCAAUGGGGUGAAUGUAGUGGUGAUGUAAGCGCAAAUUAUACGAUAACGUAUAAUUCUGCUAUCAAGUUAUAUCCUAAGCUCUUGAAGAAAUAUCGUGCAUUAGUUUACAAUGGUGAUGUGGAUAUGGUCUGCAACUUCUUAGGUGAUCAAUGGGCUGUUCAUUCGCUCAAUCUUAAAAUGAUUAAACCUCGUCAGCCUUGGUUUUAUAGCGAUAGUAAUGGUAAACAAAUUGGAGGUUAUGUUAUUCGCUUUGAUAAGCUCGAUUUUCUAACAGUACGUGGAUCAGGUCAUCAAGUACCGACUUAUAGGCCAAAGCAAGCUUAUCAAAUGAUUUAUAAUUUUAUCUAUAACAAACCUUACAGUACUAAAGUAGUACCAUGA